AUGGCUCUCUCAUCACAUUAUCAUGAGCACAAACCAAAUGUGCCCAUCAUCAUGGAGGACGUAUUCGGUUGGGUCCGUGAGGGCAACGCGUUCCAAGUUCGAGUCUGGCUUGACGAUCAUGAGCAUGACUUGAAUGUCGGGUAA